AACAUUAAAUUCACUACCAGUCUGUAUUGAUCUGUAGCUUAGUGUAGUGCACAAUGAAACUUUUACAAACGUCGCUCGCGUUGGCAGCCAUUUUGCUGCUCGCGUACUCUACACCAGCAGUUUCCGCCUGCAGCUCUGGAAUAGGUGUCCGUGUCAGAGGUGAUUAUGUGCUGCACACGAUUACGCUUACAAAACGGGCCGCUCAAGAGCCGGAGAUGCUGAAGCUAGAGGUGGACUAUAAAGCUAGUCCCCUGCUAAACCAACAGAUCACCCUGACCAGCUUUCAGACCACAUCCACGACUUCGUGCACAUUCACGUUCCCUGUCAUCAAUAACUCCAAACACGUGGCGUCAACCAUACAAAGCAAUAUACCGAUUUCGGAGUUUGUUUUAACCGUGACAGUGUACGGGUUUAAUUAUGCUUAAAAGUGAUUCAGAAUAAAAUGUAUACAUAUCUGCUUGUGAUAUAAAUUGGUUAA